GCGGCGGAGCUGACGGCGACUCCUCCGACAAUGCAAUGGCGGUCAUUGGUGCUGGCGCUGCUGGCGCUACGGUUGGCCGGCCACGCGCUGCUGUGGCUGGCGGGGCCGAGCCUGGGCUUCUACCAGCAGCGCCUCGGGGCCUUCUCCUCCUCCUCCACCACCUCACCGUCGUCGUCCUCCUGCAGCCCAGUCAAGGAAGACUCCUCGCCCAACUCGCACUGCCUCAGCGCGGGCUUGGUGGCCCCGCACUGGGCCUCCUUCUUGGGCAGGCCGUGGGGUGGCGGUAGCGGCGGCUCUUCUUCUUCUGGCCGGGCGGUUGUCCCAAGGACCGGCGGCGGCGGCAGCAGCGGCGAUGAGUACGAGCAGCGCUACAGCGCGGCCUUCCCGUCUCAGCUCCGCACGCAGCUUCGCGAUGCCGCCCGCGAUAUGUUCGCCUUCGGCUACGACAACUACAUGGCGCACGCCUUCCCCCAAGACGAGCUCAACCCCAUCGAGUGUCGCGGGCGGGGACCGGACCGAGCCGACCCUUCAAAUCUGAAUAUCAAUGAUGUCCUGGGAAACUACUCGCUUACUCUGAUUGAUGCAUUGGAUACACUAGCAGUAAUGGGAAAUUCUUCAGAGUUCCAGAAAGCAGUAAAGCUAGUGAUAGACACGGUAUCCUUUGACACAGAUUCAACCGUCCAAGUCUUUGAGGCAACAAUUAGAGUUCUGGGAAGCUUGCUUUCGGCCCACAUAAUAAUAACAGAUGUCAAGCAGCCUUUUGGUGAUAUGAGUAUUAAGGGCUAUGAGAAUGAACUCUUACAUAUGGCUCAUGACCUGGCAGUAAGGCUGUUACCUGCCUUUGAGAACACUAAAACUGGAAUUCCUUAUCCUCGGGUAAAUUUAAGAACAGGAGUUCCUUCUGGCAGCAAUAAUGAAACUUGCACUGCAGGAGCUGGUUCUCUGUUGGUGGAAUUUGGAAUUCUUAGCCGGCUUCUUGGGGAUUCUACUUUUGAAUGGGUUGCCCGGCGAGCUGUGAAAGCACUCUGGAGUCUCAGGAGCAAUGACACUGGAUUAUUAGGCAAUGUUGUGAAUAUUCAAACUGGCCACUGGGUUGGCAAGCAGAGUGGUUUGGGAGCAGGAUUAGACUCUUUCUAUGAAUACCUUUUGAAAUCUUAUAUCCUCUUUGGAGAGAGAGAAGAUCUAGAGAUGUUCAAUGAUGCUUACCGGAGUAUUCAGAACUACUUAAGGCGAGGGAGAGAAGCCUGCAAUGAAGGUGAAGGGGAUCCACCUCUUUAUGUUAAUGUGAAUAUGUUCAGUGGGCAAUUAAUGAACACCUGGAUUGAUUCUCUUCAGGCAUUUUUUCCUGGACUUCAGGUUUUAAUAGGUGAUGUAGAAGAUGCCAUUUGCCUUCAUGCAUUUUAUUAUGCCAUAUGGAAACGCUAUGGAGCUCUUCCAGAGAGGUACAAUUGGCAGUUACAGGCACCUGACGUCCUCUUUUAUCCUCUAAGGCCAGAGUUAGUAGAAUCUACCUAUCUUCUUUAUCAGGCCACAAAGAAUCCUUUUUAUCUUCAUGUAGGAAUGGACAUUCUUCAGAGUCUGGAGAAAUACACAAAAGCAAAGUGUGGUUAUGCUACUCUGCAUCAUGUCAUAGAGAAGUCCAAAGAGGAUCGGAUGGAGAGCUUUUUUCUCAGCGAGACAUGUAAAUACUUGUAUUUGUUAUUUGAUGAAGAAAACCCAGUGCACAAAUCUGGGAACAGAUACAUGUUUACCACAGAGGGGCAUAUAGUGUCGCUGGAUAAGCGUCUUCGUGUUUCACUAUGGCAAGAUACUCUCCCUGAAGAGCAAAAUAAAGCUGAAAAGCUAAAGACUAAUGAAGCCAGGACAAUCAAUUCCACAUCUAAUUGUAACAGAGUACCAGAUGAGAGGAGAUACCUGCUGCCUCUGAAGAGUAUUUAUAUGCGACAGAUUGAUCAGAUGGUGGGCUUGAUCUGAGAAACUUUCUGGUGUGGCUUAAUCUUAGGCACAAGGCAACUUCACGUUCCGAAGCAAAUGCUUCUUGUGAGUUACACAGCUUACAGCAGGUUCUUAGGUAACCAAUUGUUGAAUGAAGAAUUUCACUUCAUGUUGGAUGGAAGAUACCAUGCUACAGGGUAUAGCUGUUGUAACUUAAAUGUACUAAAAGGAGGCACACUUACUAUGUGAGCUAUGUUUUCAUGUGUGGAACUUCAAAGUUUGUUGGUAAAGAUGUUAAAAAAAAAUCCAAGACUGCGGGGGUGGCGGGGAGCAGAUGUUUUGCAAAUGAAUUGCUCUUUUGCCACCACCUCUUAUUUGUCCUCUAAAUGAGAGAGUUUGGAGAGAACCUACAACUUUAAAUAUAUUUCUAAAGAGUUGGGAUGAAGGAAAUAAAAGGAAAUGUGCAAUUUCUCUCACCAAGCUUAAUUAUUAGAUUAUGUUUACUAGCAAUAAACAAUACUAAUUGUUGCUCAGGUAGGAGAAUACCCAUAGGUUCUGGUUUACUCAAAAUGAAAAUGCAGCUGGUGGUAAUACCAAGCAAGGUAUUGCAUCAGUGUGUUCAGGACUAACAUCUAGGAUGAUGUUGAAAACAGUGUUCUUGAUUUGAAUUGCACAUUAAAAGGUGUAUGUAGUUUACUAGGUUCUAAAACCAGUAAAACAAGGUGCCUUUUGUAGGUUAAUGCAUAAAGCCACUCAUCUCACUCACCGGAUAACCUUGUAUUGCUGAUUGGAAGAGAGAUUCACAACAUUCUUCCAUUUUUAUAUUCAUCUUGUUUUGUGCCUCUAGGGGAGAUCUACCUUAAUACAUAAUCCAAGUAUUCACAUUCCUUGUCACUUUAAAUAUGCAAGCUUUUUGGAGCUAGUGCCUUUUUUUGUCACUCAGAGAUCCAAGGUUUUUAGCUCUUUCUCUUCCAAAAAGAAUAGCUGCUUUUUAAUUAUUUGGAAUAACUUUGUACUAGAACAAUACAUCUGUUAACAUCCCUAGUAGUAUUUGAGGGUUCUGCUCUGAUUCACACUUCUUGUGAAUUGGGUAUUACUGGUGAUUGCUGGCCCUUCUGACAAGUAUUUUUUUUAUAGCCAGGAAGUGGAGAGGAGCUGGCCAGUUGGUUCCUGCUCUUAAUUCUUGGGUGAAUGUCUUUAGAGUGUAAUCCUAAACAGCUUGGGGCAAAAGAACCAAAAUGGCCUGAAGUCUUGUUUCCAGUGAAGAGUAAAGUCUCUUCUUGCUCCUAGUAGCUAGUUGGGUGGAAAGUGAUAUCUGCCUUCCUUCACUAAGACUCAGAACACAAUAUAAGCUUGCUUGCAGAUCUUGUGGAAAGCAACCUUAAUUAUUCAAAAUUCACAAAUGAAACCUUUUCAGCAGGUUGUAACAUGGAUAUUAGUAUUCCUUGUCAACGGAAAAUGCAAACUUCAGUGCAUAAGCAUUUUCCUUCGAAGAAUAGGAUAAAAUUUAGACCAACUUCCAAUUUGCAAUGUGUAAAAUGUCCUUUCUGUUUUUUCAUUAAACAUGUAUUGCUUUCAAAACACAUUUCAAGUAAAUCACCUAAUACCUUAGCACAGAAAUAAUUAGGGCUUAAUCUUUGGCAAACAUAUCUCAGGGAUCUUAAAGUACACUUUUGUUUGCCUAGCAGAUUUUGUUUCUUUAGUCUUUUCUUCCAAUGUUUACAAUGUUGCUGUUUGAGGGGAGAGUCUUUUGAAAAUUUGCAGAGCAGAAUCCCCUGUGAUUUUUAAAACUUUUUGUAAAAACUGAUAAUCUCUAUAAGAAAGGCCAUGUCUUAAUUGUGUUUUUUUUUUAAUGUCUGACAUAAUAGUUGGCUUUGAAACUAAGCAAAACUUUCAAAGUUGUAAAGAGAAUGAAGGUGAUAAAACUGAAUGGGCUGAUGACAAGUGGUUUAGAGUAGGCAUCUCUAUUAAUCUAGAACAGGGAGCACAGUGUCAGUUACGUUGUUAAAAGCAGAACAUUCUUUUCAGGAGGAGCAAAAGAAUGAGCAGUUCAAAGUGAUGGCCUGGGUUUUCACUUGAUGACUUGAACACUUGUGACUGUUUAGUUCACACAAGGGACUUAGCUAGCCCAGUGGGUUUUAUGAGCAGCAGAUAUCCCGCACUCCUGCAUCAUAUCAGUAGCUGCUUUUGAAAUUCUCCUCUGUUUCAAAAGAAGUUUGACCCUUGUGGGGAUGGAAAUUAAACAUUCUACGACUCCCUUUAGCUCCCAGAACUAGUUUCACAGUUCUGGGCUCUGUCCAUGAAUCUAAACCCUCAAUGUGAAGAGAAAUGUAAACCAAAACUGUUCAGUUUACCACUGUUGUAAUCAUGUUGUCAAUGCAUGCAAUUUCAAGAUUAGUGGGUGUGCGUGUGUGUAAUAGAUUUUUCUGGAUGUGAAAUUGCCCCACCAUAUCCACAUUAGCGCUUAUGACUGUAGAGCCUUUUAAAUGCAGAUUGCAUGGCCCGCUUACUCCAUUUAGCAAAGUUUGUGCCUUCUAAAAUGUUGAGUGUCCAAAUAAUGAGUUACAACUUGGCUGGUGUUGCGAAGUAGUAUAUGUGAGCUUCUCUUCCCCCCCCCCCCCCCAAAAAAAAAAGAAGAAGAAGAAGAAGAAAGAGGCAAAUCACUUUUCCCCAAACAGGCUGCUAGUUAUAAAUUCUGACUGGGCACUCAUAGAACACAUGUGCUUCCUGCAGAAGUAAGGCAUUCUUCUCCAUGCAAUUCAGCCAGCAUUUAAAUUUUAUUUUGGUGCAGGAAUAAAUAACAUAUAUUGAUGAGGGCGUUUAGUCUCCUUUCCUUAGAAGAUGGUGUCUGAUGCCCCCUGUGAGGAUGCCUAUAUGUUGUGACACUUCAAAUGGACACUCAGCAUAUUCACAUAGAUAGAACCAAAGCUAUGUCAAUAACUAGGUGUUAUGAGGGGACAAGAUCUGAUCUAAUAGUUGUCAAGCUAAAGACUUUAGAAUUCCCAGUUUCUCUCCUACUUAAAGUACAUUUUCCAGUUUACCAGUACUAUUCUGUAAAUGUCACUCCAGUUCAUGCAAAGUGACCAGUUUGUUCUAAUGCAAAAAUUAGUGUUACUGCCAAGUCAAAAGCAUUGCUUGGAUAACUUGCCAAUCAACAUAAAUAACCUGACUGAAUUUCUCACUAUGAUGUGCAAUAUGUUUUUUUCCUUCCCUAGCUUAACAUGUCAUUGUUACAAAAUGUAUUUAAUAGGGCGAGGGAAUUGAAAAUUUAUACAAAGAUCAGAUGUUCUGAGAAAUGUAAAGAUUUUAAAAUUUGUAGAUUGUAUGUAUAAUUUGUAUUAAAGCACUAUUUCUUAC